AUGAGUCCCAGCGUUGGCUUAAUCAGCGGCAUCUCUGACAAAUGUCACCCCCCCCCUGCUCCUGAGCACAUGGUAGACUUGAUCGAAAUCGAUGGCCACAUCACUGUUGACAAUAUUACCAUUACAAGCAAUGCUGUUGUGUCUCUUCUACUUGCUGCGAUUGAUACUUCAACCUUUUCACUACGCGAACGCUUGUGGUUGCUAAUACGUGCGCAUGCGCCAACGCCUACUUACCCCCUUGCGGUCUGGCCAGUCACCUUCAAGGCUGACCCAAAUCCGGUCUGGCCAAUCACCUUCAAUGCUGACUCACAUAACGACCACACUGUAGACGCUGUGCUGACUCCCACACUCUCAUACUUCGGACGCGGCCCCUCUCGGAUGCAGACGCAUGCUCUCCCGGCAGUCAAAUUCCUCUAUUUAUUCACCUCCUCACGUCUCACGUAUCCCCUCUUUCCACUCGGAACCGAGCCUGAAGAUCGCAGCGGCAAGGAGUUUAACUACUUCUUCUGGCUUGCAUUGGAGAAAGCGGCCAACGACACAUCCGGUCUGGUCUUCUUGACCCACGGUGAAGGUGAACAGUGCGGUUGGCGCUAA